ACACAGGCAAACAUGGCGUCUCCCCGUCCAGAGCAGGGACCCGAUAGCAGUGUGGAUACUGAUGUGAGACAAAAUGACGAAGAGAAAAAGGCUGGACCUAUCUCUUUUGGUUUUAGUAAAACUAUAAGUAAAGCGAAAGCUAACAAGGAGGAUGAUCGGGAUUUUUUGAUUGAAGUAGAGGGGAAAGAGCUCAAAAGCACUAAGCCCGUGGAGAAACCGACAGAACUGAUCAUCCCAUUGAUACGCAAUAACCGCUGGUACAAAGACGAAGAUGGCAAGGCAAAUGGAAAGGAUGACUCUGCGAAGGACACCAAACCAAAUGAAAAAGAAGAGUCUGCCAAACCAAGUGAAAAGGAGUCUGCGAAUGACACCGCAGUUCCAGAGGAUAACUCCGUUGAAUCUCUAGCCGUUAAAGAACUAAUUGAAGAGUCCCGUAGGCAGCUUGAAGGGUUUCAGAAUGGACCCCAAACAGACCCCAACAUGGCCAUCCCCCUGCUCAUGCAGAACCAGGCCCCGGAGGGCUUCGAGGACGGGGACCAAAUCAACGUGGACCUGCGGCCUGAGUCGUCGACGGAGGCGGACUACGACCGGAUCCCAGUGGAGGCGUACGGCAUGGCCAUGCUGCGGGGGAUGGGCUGGAAGGCUGGAGAGGGCAUCGGACGCACAUUCAAACAAGAUGUGAAGCCCAUCGAGCACCAGCUGCGGCCCAAAGGUUUGGGUCUCGGCGCCGACCGUUCCCAAAUCCAGGACCUGGAGCCCGGCAAGCCCAAGCGGCCGCCCAAGCCCGGCGAGGAGCGCAAGGAGGACGAGCAGCUGGUCCUGGGCCCGGGGGCCUGCGUGCUGGUGCUGAGCGGAGCACACAAAGAACUCUACGCCAAGGUUGAGGGGGUGGAUCCAGACAACGCUCGUGCCGUGGUGAAGCUGGCCAUCGGGGGGAACACGGCCACCAUCAGUCAGCACUCGCUACGCCUCGUCACGCGCAAGGACUACGAGAGAAACAGCAAAGACCUCAGUCGCCUCAGCAAAGCCCACAAGGAGAAGGAGAAAGAGAAGGAGAAGGAGAAGGAGAGGGAGAAGGCUCGAGAGCAGGAGCGUCUGAAGGAGAAGGAGUCUGUACGAAACGGCAAAGACGACCGGGCGAAGGACAGAGACCGCGAACGGGACCGAGACCGAGACAGACAUCGAGACAAGGACAAGGACAAGGACAAGGGCAGAGACCGGGACCGAGAGCACAGAGACGACCGCAAGAGGAAGCACCAGGACUCAGAUCGGGAUAGAGACAAGGCCCCACCCCCCAAGGAGUCUCGUGCGGCCCCGCCCACCCCCUCGUGGCUGCAGAGGGACCUCAGGGUGCGCUUCAUUGACAAGACCUUUAAAGGGGGCCGCUACUACAACUCAAAGAUGAGAGUGGAGGACGUGUUGACCCCAUACACAUGUGUGUGUCGAACAGAAGAUGGACGCAUUUUGGACGAUGUGAAGCAGGGGAUGCUGGAGACGAUGGUUCCUAAGAGUGACACAGAACACAUCAUGGUGGUGGUGGGCCAGCAUAGAGGACAGGUGGGCCGUAUUCUGCAGCGCGAUAAGGAGAAGUGCGUUGCCAUGGUGCAGCUGGAGCGCUACGAGGAGCAGGUGUUCACGCUGGACUACGACUCCAUCUGCCACUAUGUGGGCGGAGUCGACCACUGACGUGCCCCGACGCCCGCCCACCCGGAUCCCUACGCUCCCCUCUCCACUGCCCACCUGCCCGGAUCCCUACGCUCCCCUCUCCACUGCCCACCUGCCCGGAUCCCUAUGGCUCCCCUCUCUCUACCUUUUAGCUUCUCUCCUCCCCUCUUCCCUGUCUACCUUCCGCUACUCUUCUUUCUCACCUUUCCUCUCCUCUCUGCUCCCCUCUUUGUUUUCUCUCACCCCCUUCUCUCUCUCUGCCUCUACCCUCUCUCUCUCUGCCAUUCCAAACCCAUCCUUCCACCUCCUCAUUCAUUCCCACUGUGCUCACCUACUCCCUACUCUCUUUCCUCUCUAUUCCUCUCCCCUGUCCUCCUCCUCCACAUUCAUUCCCACUGUGCUCACUUACUCCCUACUCUCUAUUUCUCUCCCCUGUCCUCGUCCUCCUCCUCCACCUCCUCAUUCAUUCCCACUGUGCUCACCUACCCCCCUACUCUCUCUCCUCUCUUCCUCUAUCCUGUCCUCCUCUUCCUCUAUCCUGUCCUCCUCCUCCUCAUUCUACUCCCACUGUGCUCACCUACUCUUCUCUCUCUAUUUCUCUCCCUUCCUCUCCCCUGUCCUCUUCCUCCUCCUCCUCACUCUACUCCCACUAACUCGCCGGCUGCCAAUCUGGAGUGUGCCCAAAGAGGGAGAGGGGGCAUCUCCAUCACCACCCAAACCACCUGUCACAACGCCCCCAUACUAACACCCACCCAUACCCACCCCUUACCCCUCCCACAACCCCCCCCACAAACAUCCCCUCCCCCUCCACGCCCAGCACACGCCUCCUCCCUUGUAUUUUUAUACCGUCUGUAAGAUGAUGUUUAUUGAUGUUACCUGAGAUUUUUGUAAUAAAAAAUAUCACGUCAGCC